UCAUCUCGCCGACGACGCGCGUCGCGACGUCGCCGUCAAUCUCCUUCUCCUUUUUUUUCAUUCUCUCUUUCUCUUUCUUUUUCUCUCUUUACUUUGUCGUUCUGCUGUGCGCGAGAAUUUAUUCGUCCCGUUGAAUCUCGAUUUGCAAAAAGCUUUCGAGAGCUCUAGAAGUAUCUUUGCAAAUUGUGACUCUGAGCGUUUCAAGAUCGUUAAAUAGAGUCUUUGAGCAAUAGAAGAUUUUUCGAAUCCUCGAGUGGACACUAUCGAGUUGGACAAAGAGUUGAUGAACGUGUUUUUACGUGCGUCCGAUAAAGAUCGCUGACACAGUUGGCACGAUAUUGUCGUGGCGACUCCGAGUUGGCGGAUCGAAGAAAAAAAAGUGUUUUAAUCGUCGUUCACCAAAAAUUCCUCUGCGUCGCGACCGAUUUCCGAAGAAGAAAGAGAAGGAGGAGAGCUGUUCCCUACAGGUAUUCCUCGUGUCUAUUUAGGCAUUUGCAAUAAAUCGAUCGUCGUCAUCGUCGAAAGAUAACGUCGCGGCGACUUGAAAUUGGCAGACUAAGGAUCGCCGGACGAUCGCAGCGGCGAGGUGGAAGAGGACGCCGCGAAGAAGGCUCUCCUUCUUCUCGAGUGCUCACCUACCUACCUACCUACCCUACCACUUCCUCCUCCUCCUUCUCCUCCUCUUCUUCCUCUUCCUCCUCGUCCUGCUCCACCACUACCAUCGCCCCUACAGUCGUUUGGUCGCCGGCGAGCAAUACGGUUUACGAUCGCGUAUACGACGGCGUCCAGAAACAGCUGGUACCGCUGGUCGCGUCCAGCGAUCGCAAAUCCUCGAGGAUCUCCUCGCAAGGACCGGUCCCCGUUUCGACCGUCCCAGCUCCGCGAGAUAAAACGAACGCAACGGGCUCGUGGAUUCCGAAGAACGUAUACGCGCGAGUGAGAGUGAUAUCUUUCCGGUCUUUCAGAGACACGAUAAGUCGAUGAUUGCAGUUUGAUGUACUACGUCUCGCGCGAGUGCAGAAGACAGUUGAGUAAAAAAGCCCGGAUCUCUGUCUGAUUAAAAAUCUAAAGAACCAGGAUUUAUUGUAUCUUCAAAAUUCGAGAGUUUUAAAAUCUGUUCCAUUGGAGGAGGAGGAAUCGAGAAUCACAAUAUAGCUUAUAUCUUUAAGAAUCGGCAAAAAUCUGCAGAAUCAAAAUCUAUUAAAAGUCAAGACACAUUAUAGAACCUGAGUCAAGAUUUUUAAGAAUUCGAAAGAGAGAAAUCGGAAUCUGUUAUAUUGUAAGAGUUCGAGGAGAGACGGGCGAGUUCAAGCUCACAUCAUACAAAUUGUUCAAGUCAUCCAGUCACCACAUCCUAUCACCGAGUCCCGAGAACUCGAGAAAUAAACUUUUGAGAAUCGAGGAAUCGACGAAGGUCGCAUGGCCACCGCGUCGACACGUCUACGUGGUUACCGCCUGUGCGAGGAGCGUCGAGCCGCGACGACGCCUCGCGUCAUCCAGCGUGUCGUGCACCACAUGAUUGUCGACCAGUGAACGACCUCUCUCGUCGAGAGAGUUUCGGGAGCUUCUCCGCGACCGCGUUGUUAAUCCGUCCGAGGAAUUUUCGCGAAAUUCCUACCCGUAGAUUCUCUAGUAGGAUCCUCUAGUGGAGGAGCCACCACCGACCUAGUCUUCCUCGAGGUAUUAACCUGGCAGAGAUCUCCUCGUCUCUUCUAUUCACAGAGAUAACCCGUGAAUUCCGAGGAUGCGGUGGCGAAUGGAGCGGAGUCGAGGGCGCUGCGUUUGAUGAGGAUAUCCAGCGCAGAUCGACGUCGGCAUCGUUCAGCGCACUUGAGCAAAUAAUUGAAGUUGACUUGGAGCAAGAAGUGGAGUUAACUGAGUACAACAAGCGGCAUCAUAUCGUCCUCAUGGACCUGACGGAGGCUUUCGCGCCGGGAGGCGGCGGCGAGGACCUGCCAAAGACGGACUUCUUUGAUUUCGUGGUGUCACCACCGCCACACUGCGCUUCAGCUGACGGCGUCGUCUCCGACGAAGAGAGCUUCCUACAUCGCGGUACCGGCGGCUGCCGCGCCAUGGGUGGUUAUCUUCAACAGACUCACGAGGAUCACGAGGGCUCGCACGGCGGCUCACCCUUCAUUAAAGAAACUAACAACAACACAUUGACAGCGCUACCGCCCGUCUCGACUAUCACCGGCUCGCUGAGUCAUCAUCAUCAGCAUCAUCAUCACGCGCAUCAUCACGUGCGCGCACAGCAUAGUGUUCAGCCGACUGGAGGCGAGACCACCGCUAUGGAAUCAGAGUGCGACUACUGGGGCCAAGAGGACGACAGCAAGGAACAAACGUGCAACAUCCUGCUGGAGGAUCUCAACAAGUACUGUUGGUCCUCGAGCGCGCACACCAACGAUGGCGUCAUUCACUCGGCGACCGGUGGGACCGAUCACCAUCAGACCGUAGGUUCGGGCCGUGUAGGCUGCACCGUCAACGACCGACAAAAUACGGACGGUGCUAUUUAUACACUGACAGUGCUGAACAACGAGGCAAAUUCCAUGGACGCGUUGGAUUGUUGCAAGAGCCCGGCACCCGCGUCCGGCGAUUCUUGGUCUCUGCGACCGAAUCUCGACCUCGACGCCAUUCUGAGCAUGGAACCGUCCUCCGGCGAGCAAGAUCACGAACAGCAGACAAGUGGCGACGUGUCCAGGAGCGUUAACGAUAGGUUUCACGGACCGGAUGGUCGCGGCUUCACCGUUCCGUCAUCGCAAUAUACCACCGACGACAGCGGCUUCGUCGAGAGUAAAGAGCUGUGCGUGCGCGCAUCCUCGGCCAACUGUUCCGGCGACAACAACAAUGACUGGAAGCUAUCGGACCAGAAUCUCCAGGAAGUAGCGGCUGCGGCUGCCGCCGCAGUCGCCGUAGGGGCCGGGGAUUCCGCCGAGAGUCUUCUGAGAAGUGCUCUUCAGGGUAAAUUGUAUACUGGACCGGCUCAAUCGGUCUCCUCGUCGUCAUCGUCCUCGCAAGCAUCUGCCAUAUCGAUGCCAGUUUCGGCAAAUACGGCUCUCAUGGUUCCCGAUCAACCGCAACAACAACAACAACAACAACAACAGCAACAAGAGGACUCUAUGCAGGCGUGCACCGAUGAGGAUCUGUUACUCUCGCAGCUGGAACAGACGACCUACCGACCAGGUGACUAUGAAAAACUGAAGAGCAUCGCGAACGAAGUAGUGGAAUCGUACUGCAGUCUCGAGCCGGUCUGCAACGUGUCAGCGACCACUACGGUGAUGUACACACUGGACCCAGCGAGCGGGAGUCUAGGUACCAUCACGUUACCGGCCGAUCUUGGCCAGGUGAGUACCGUGACGGUCGUCACAGCUGCUCAACAAGAUGUUUUACAACAACAACAACAACAACCCGCGCAACGAACCGACGUGGAUCAACAGCAGCAGACACAGCAGUCGAGUCAGCUGCAGUUGACUUCCGCCCGAGUGGGCGUCAGUACAAAGCCGCCCAAGAAAUACGUUAGACGCGCCAAUCGCAACAACGCCAAUAGCGCCAGCAACGGCGGUGCCGGCUCGGAUACCGGUAGCAAUGCGAAUCAACAACAGUCUAGCGGUUCCGGCGGCUCACCCGGUAGCGUACAACGCAAGGAGCGCUCCUUGCACUACUGCAGCAUCUGCAGCAAGGGCUUCAAGGACAAGUACAGCGUGAACGUGCACAUCCGGACGCACACCGGCGAGAAGCCGUUUGCCUGCUCGCUCUGCGGCAAGAGCUUCCGCCAGAAGGCCCAUCUGGCCAAGCACUAUCAGACCCACGUGACUCAGAAGCCCGCCGGUAUCCAGCAGGCCACUUCCGGAAGCGGCACCGGCGGCGGAAACAACGGUAACACCAGUCCGACGGCGGAGACCAACGCGCCCCCCUCCUCAGCAUCCCCCGCUAUCGUCAGCAGGGCUCAGGUCGCCGUGGACCCCACGGGGGCCUGCAGUCCCCCCAGUUAGUUCGCGAAACGCGAACGCGAUACGACUUGCGGGCAUACAUCCGACCGUGUUUUUCUUUUUUUUUUUUCUUUCGUUCGGAAAAGAGAUGGCCGCCGUGGCUGGUUUCUGCUUUCUCUUCUUUCGUUCCCCAUUUUUUUUUUUUUUACACGAAUAUAAUUUCCAUAAUGGAAAUGACGAGCUUGCGAGAAAGAGUGAACCAUGACGAACGAUUAGAUGAACGCAUCGUGUGUGUAUCGGGUGUUCGAAAACUAAUCUUGAAAAAUAAUUAUUUUCGAGAAUUUGUUUGAUUUGAUAAAGUUUCGGUUUAACUUGAGUUAAUAAAACUUAAUUCAUUAAAUUAAUUAAGUAGACUUGCGUACUGGAAUUUAUUCACAAAUUAACGUAAUCAAAUUUAUUUAAUUACUUUGGUCAAUCCAAUUAUUUAAAUUAUUUCUUAUAUCGAUUCAAUUAAUUUUAUUCAAUUAUUUAAACAACUCAAAUUAAUUUAAUUAAGUCUUCCAGUCAGAUUAAAAUCAGAUUAUAGCAUUGAAAGUAUCAAUUGCGAAUUAUGUGAACAAUGGGAAUCAUUUUCCGUAACAUCCUGUACACUGACGAGAAGCCGAUUGAAUUUCGCAUGACGAAACUGCGCGUGACACACCGUAGAAUUAUUAAUUAAAAGAUUAAUUAUAUAUAAGAAUCCCGAUCUUUGUUUGCGAGAUUAUCUAUCCUAAUGGCGGCAGCUCGCUGCCAAGUUUUUAUAUUAAUUGUUAAAUAAUUAUGGAGAGAGGGGCGUUAAUCGCAUUCCCCUUAAAUUAACAUGACAUCCGUGAAAUUGUUGUUCCUACGAUCACCCUUAAUGACAAUAAUGACGAAGACAAUGACAGGCGACAAUGAAGACAACGACAGAGGGACGAAUGUUUAUAGCCUACUUGAUGAUAUUAAUUAUAUUUAAUAGCCACGAGAUAUUAAAGUUAAAGAUGUUUUAUAAAAUAAAUCUUUACAAUUAUACAGGAUGCUCCAGAACCGUCGAGUUCUUUUAAUCGAAGUUUCUACGGUCGGGACACAAUUUUUUUUUUUACUACAAAAAUAUCUAAGAUGAUCGUUUAUCGCAUCUUUUCAAUUUUUAACACUUUAUAUCUUCUUCUUAUAUAAUUAAUUUACAAAUUAAAAUUUAAUUGAAAUAAAAAUAAAUUGAAAUUUCUACUGAAAUUUGUUCGACAUAUUCAUUGAAUAGAGAUUGAUUUGAAAUCGGUCGAAGAAUCUGCAGAGCAGAAAGAAUAUCCGCCGGUCUUGGAACGUUCCGUAUCGAGAGUAGAUACUAGAUUUAGGUAGUAACUUAGAGCGAGAUAAGUGCAGAGUAUCGAGAGGAAUAUCCUUUAAUAAGUAAUUAGUAGCAUGAGCUGUGAUUUAGGUACGUACACAACGAGCAGUUUAGAACGAAGCAAACGUAACGGGAAUGCUGUUUUUUCACACAUUGGUAUUCUUUUUUUUUUUUUUAAACUCUCUCCCUCUCUCUCUUCUCUCGCGAAAGCGCAAUUAAAAAAAGAUGAAUCAACCGAGAAGACUAUUUCCGAUCAUUUCGAAUGCUUUAUCGACAGUUACCGCAGAAUUAAGAAUCAGACCGUAAGAAUCGCAUUCAUUUUUUGACUUUUCUUGCCUGACUUUGCUUGCAGAAUAAGAUCUUUUAUGAAACAUUUUUUUUUUUUAUCGAUAAAAGACAUACUAAUGUUAGAAUAAUAUAACAAUGUUACAUUGUUGCAUUAAUUGUUAUUAUGUUUACAAUGUUAAUAAAAUUGAUAAUUAAAUUAUUUUAAUAUCCAUUAAAUAUUAAGGCAAAUAAUAAAACUGCCCUCGUGUAUGUUAAUAAUUUAUUAUGCAUCACGAUAUUUAUACUGCCGUGAUUACCGAUGUUGAAGCUCGUCGAACUUCGAUAAAAGCAAUUAGCAAUCACAUUUAAUUAAUAAGCAUAACUUUGUCCACGCGAUUCUUUCGACUACGAUCUCACAAAAGCUGCGAUAAAAUCACGCAAUGCAACUCGUUCCGUAUGCGAAUGCGAUAAUCGGGACGAAGAGAGAGACGCGCGAAUUUUCGCACACCUUAUAUAUACGCGUGCUACAUUUUCCGGGGCCCGCGACCCCGUCAGCGGAGGUCAAAGUUUCCGAACAGGCUAUCCCCCUCGGGCUAUCGCGAGGCUCGCCAGUCUGGUAAUUACACGUUGCGUCGAUAUUGCGUUACGUGCAUGCCCAUCACACGCAUAUGCACGAUGCAUGACGUCGCGUCGCGUCGUGACGCAGGUGGCGAUAAAUUUACCUCAAGGGAUGAAUUUAUCCGUCGGCGAUUCGUUAUCGGUAUAAUUAAUUGCGCGGCCUUCACGCAAAUGUAAAGCGGUUUUCGAAAGGCGCACUUAAACAAAAUAUGCAACGCGUUCAACUCUUAUCAGCGAGUAACCUGAUUUUAAUAUUAAUUAAAACUUUCCAAAACUAAUGCUUUUCUCUCUCUCUCUCUCUCUCUCUCUCUCUCUGUCCUCAGUUAUAUAAAAAUAUUAUAUAUUUCUAAAAAUGGAUAUAUAUUAUGUAAAAACAUAAUUAACUUGGAAUUUGCGAGGCUUCAAUUUUAUCUAAAUUUAUGCUUUUUUAAUGAAAUCUGUCUAGAUAAGAGUUGAGAGCGUUUGAAGAUUAUCGAAGUAAAAAUCUGAGCAUGUUUGCUGCAAAAUUCGAAAGAUUUAGAAAGUUUUACACGAUUUCGCAGUCGGUCGUAUCCCUCGUCCUCCGAUCCCCGCCCAAUUUGCGUAAUUAGUCACGUAUGUGCAAAACAAUGGAGACUAUUUUAUCGCCGCACUAAGACCGAUACUCGAUCGACGAUACGAGCGGCAAUUUAAGUUUGAAAACACAUCGUCAGGCAUUUUUCAUAAUCAGAUCGAGGCAAAUUAGUUAAUUGAAAAAAAAUAAUAUCAAACGACAUUUUUCAAUAUUUUUAGCCGUCAUAAUACGCGGUGCCGAGAAAAUAAUAGGAAUUGAAAUUUUAUUUUUAUUUCUGUUUAUUUUUAUCCUUGUAAUUUAUCAAAAAGAAAAUGGGCGGAGAAACUGCAAAAGAUUAACAUAUCUAUCUCUUUGCUUGCACGUUACUCUAAUUAAAACAGGCAGCAACAGCAGAUCAUCGCAAUUAUAUCUGAAACGUCUACAAUUUUACGAUGUCGAUCAUAUCUUUCCCCCCCCCCCUCCCCCCUUCGUGCUUCAUUAUGAAAGCAGAAAAGAUCCAUAAAAGAAAUUCAAAAGAUUGUAAUUUUUCUUCUCCGUCCAGAAAUUAUAAAUACUAAAUUAUACAGUUUUAUCUUUAUUGCUAAUAAUUCUACAAUGCGUUCCAUAUUAUUUUCCAAUUGCUGCACAAGAUAAAUUAAACAAUAGAGAGAUAAAUUUGUUUUCCUCUAUAAUCUUCUAACAAUAAAAUUUAGAAACUUUUCUUUCUUCUCUGGAGCGAGAGUAAUUCUGCGAUUCGUUCUAUACAUUAUUUUUAAUUACUGGGCUAAA